UCUCCUCUACGAUCAUAGUUUGUCCCAUCGCCAAAGUAGUAGUUAAUUAUGCAUCCACUUCUCAUACUUAACGUUAAACAGGGGUAAAGUGUGGUGCACCGCCAGAGGGUGUCAAUACGGAGAGUGUCUUGAUAGAUGAAGGGUCUCCUGGAGAAGAAUAUACGUACACCUGCAUGGCGGGCACUACAGCCACUUCAUUGGACCUGUUGGUCGUCUGUGAACAGAACAAUACAGCAAUUACUGCAAGUUGGUCCCCUGGUCCACCUAAUUGCACGACGGAUGGUCCGACCACAAAGCAGAUGACAACAACGACACAACCGACAACCACACCGAUGGCAACAACGACACCACCAAGACAAUUGGAACAUGUGUGUAAAAAUCAUUUCAAGCACCUGGACUGUACACCGGAAAAUGUCGUCAUCUGCAGCGCCUUUUACGGGCGGAAUAACAGCACCAUAUGUCCAAGUGACGACGCCAAUACCUCCAACAUGUGUUUCGAAGAUGUUACGGAUCUCGUGCAAGGCAGAUGGUGCAGAAACAAGCCAAGCUGCUAUGUUCAUGGGCGAGGUUAUCUGCUUGACCACCCAUGCCUUUCGAACCCUGAGGCCUACUUGCAAGUCACAUACACAUGUGGUGCUGGGCAAUGUGGUAAGAUACUUAUAGACCGAUUCAGUUUCCAUGGUUUCUGA